AUGUUCUCUCGCGGCUCGUCGACCCCGCCGAUCGACCUCGAUGACGCUCACCUCGAAGUCACCGUUACGCCGUCGGCGUCUGCGUUCUACGCCGGAGAGACCUUUUCAGCAGUCAUCACGUUGCGAAACACGCGUAUCCCCCCUCACCUGCGUUCGCUCGAUGGUACCGUGCAGCCCUCAACGUCGCGUCCUCACCCCACGCAUCUAUUACCGUUACAGAAGCGGUCAUCAGGAGGCGCAGCAAGCCCAGCCAGUCCCGGAACUCCGACCUUCUCCCCAGAUGGGAAGUGGAGAGGGGAGCAUGCUCGUAGGCCGAGCGGCUUGGGACACACACGAAGAAGCCAGAGCUUGGCUCUCGACAAGAGUGUCAGCUCACAGGAGAUGAUCUGGGCUUUGGGAGGGGGGGAUCGGUCAGAGCCUUCGACGCCUCUUCCCCCACCACUACCGACACGCCGGACACCUACCAUUCCCUUAUCGCACCCGCAUGCGCGUAAGGUCUCCGUUGCAAGCACCGCAGCCUUCAAUUCGCCGAAUCCGGACGAAUCCAGGUUCCCAUCCUCUACACCUCCGCUUCAGAGUGAUAGCGAGACGUCAACAGAGUUACGAUCUGGCAGCUCGGAGCGUCUUGACUCCCUCAAGGGGCCAUCACCGCUCGAUGUCUCGCGCAGUUCCAUGCGACUGUCUCCGAGCCCGACACCAUCGUUACCUUACGUUGCCGAAGAGUCCCCCACGCGAUCGACGCCGAGAACGUCGCCCGUGAAAGACCCUGGUCGGUUGUUCACGCCAGACCUACCAACGCCUGCAGGGUCGCCUGGGGUACCGUCACCGGCAUCGAUGCAUUCGACACUGUCAAACGGCAGCGACAGACGGCGCCAACGGCCACACCACGCCCGUUCUCCAACCUACCACCACACCGCGUUUGGAAACAUCGACGCUCCUCCCCUGCACCCUCAGCUGCGCACAAAGCCUGUCUCCCAGGUUGGUACGACUACGGUGCUGUGGGCGCAUGCACGCCUCAUUGCGCGGUUCGCCCCUUCUACGUCAUACAUCCCGCCUGAUCCGCUACUGCCACUUCGAUCGCGACUGUUACACCAGCCUAUCGGCUCUGGUUCGCUGAUUCCCUCAACGGAACAGGACAAGAGCACGUUAGGGUCCCGAUGGGCGCUGAACUUUGGCACUGGUACUAUCGGCCACCAGACCCGGCCCAGCCUUACGGGAAGCCUGUUUGGGUUGGCGAAGAGCAUGGUCGGAGGUGCAGCAGGUGGCAGUCUUGAGGAGGAGAGAAGACGUGUGUGGAACACACACGAUUUGCCCGUCCUGGAGACGACUAGAAGCCUGAUGGGCGUGGACAUCAAGCUCGGGGAGGGAGAAACGAAGGAGUCAUUCAAAGGCAAGGCUAUGCGAUUCUCCUACGAGCUCGUCAUCUCACUGAACGUGUCGCUACCCGGAGGAGGGAAGCGUCAGCGGACAAAGGAGAUCUCCGUCCCAGUACGGAUAUGGCCCAACGUGUCUCUCCCACAUCCCCUCAGCACGUACAACAUCCUGGACCCUGUUAUCCAGACAAAGGAGGAGGGCGUGAUUGUGGAACAGACGCCGGACGCGAAGACGCCACUGUCACGGCGGCGCAACACCGGCCCGAAAGAACUGCCUCAGCCGAAACCCGACUCUCUCGCCGCGUACGCCCGGCAGCUCAUGGACACGGUUGAGCCAGCGGCCGACGGACAUAUCCCGGUGCCGCCCUCGCCUAGCAAGCCAUUCAACCCCCUGACACCAAAGACGUCGACCAGGACAAACAAGUCACCGACGAAGGCCGAUUUCUUUCUGUCGCCAGAGCCCGAGCGGACACAGGUGCGCCCCCGCUCGACCAGCAUUGUGGCUGGUGACGACGAGCUCGUAGAAGAGACGCAGAAGUGCGGCGAGGUGGUUCAAAUCUUGUCGCGUCACAGUCCUAAAGCGUCGUUCGAUAUCACGAAGGACGGAGAAGUCGUCGCCGUCCUAACGCUGAUCAAGACCGCGUACCGACUCGGCGAGACGGUGACUGGCGUGGUGACGUUCAACGAGCCAAAGGCGACCGGACGUGUGAUCAAGUUCUCGGCCUAUCUCGAGACACACGAGCUGAUCCCCGAAACCCUGCUGCCGCCGAGUGCGAGCGAGGCAGGGCGAGUGAAACAGCCAGACCUGCGGCGCGUGCACGCCGAGUUCCGCUCGAGCUACGCGGUGCACACGUCUCGCACGCCGUUCAGCCUCGACAUUCCCUCGGACGCCACUCCUGCCUUCGGGUUAGUCGCGGGCAGCGAGGGCCGGCACGGCGGUCUGGAGUGGCGGCUCAAGCUCGCGUUCCUGGUCGCGUCGCCAGAGGAGUUCGACGCAGACGAGUACUCCGAGGAGGACUACGCUGCGCUCGAGGCGUUAGAGUCCGUGGACGCGCCGCCUCCGCCAAAGCCGAUAGCUGAGCCCGAGGUGCUCUCGUUAGGUACCAGUUGA